GGAUCCUGAGCCACUCCCACCGCCUCCAUUCACACACACGGUAAUCAUCACAGUGUCUUCACCGAGAGCAGAGCAGAGCUGAGCUGCUAGACUAAAGACUGACGCGUCCCGGCUUAUUUUGGAAGGGACAAAACACCGACUAAGACGAGAAAAACGCCCCGAGGAAUCCCCGUUUCACCUUUAUAAAGACGGCUGGAUGUAAAGUUUCCCUCCGAGAGUGGAUUAAAAGGAAUUAAAUUCUGAACACGAGGGGGGAGAAUGUCCAAAAUGGAGGUAAAGACAUCACUUCUUGACAAUAUGAUAGGGGUGGGAGACAUGGUCCUGCUUGAGCCCCUGUCAGAAGAAACCUUCAUUGGAAACCUACAAAAGCGUUUUGAGCACAAUGAGAUUUAUACAUAUAUUGGUAGUGUGGUGAUUUCUAUGAACCCCUACAAAUCUCUGCCAAUCUACACAGCAGACAAGGUGGAAGAAUACCGCAACAGGAACUUCUAUGAGCUCAGCCCUCAUAUUUAUGCUCUGGCAGAUGAAGCGUAUCGUUCUCUUCGUGAUCAAGAUAAGGACCAGUGCAUCCUCAUUACUGGAGAAAGUGGUGCAGGAAAGACUGAGGCAAGCAAGCUGGUGAUGUCAUAUGUGGCUGCUGUGUGUGGGAAGGGCCAGGAGGUGAACAAGGUGAAAGAGCAGCUGUUGCAAUCCAAUCCUGUACUAGAGGCUUUUGGGAAUGCCAAAACUGUGAGGAAUGACAACUCCUCUCGAUUUGGCAAGUACAUGGACAUCGAGUUUGACUUCAAAGGUGAUCCAUUGGGCGGCGUCAUCAGUAACUAUCUUUUGGAGAAAUCUCGUGUUGUAAAGCAGCCAAGAGGAGAGAGAAACUUCCACAUCUUUUACCAGCUGUUAUCUGGAGCAUCAGAUGAGACACUCAGAAAACUAAAGUUGGACCGGGACUUCAGCAAAUAUAAUUAUUUAAGUCUCGACUCUGCCACAGUCAAUGGACUUGAUGAUGCUACAAACUUUAGGACUGUUAGGAAUGCCAUGCAGAUUGUGGGUUUCAUGGAGGAUGAGGUGCAGUCAGUGCUUGAGCUGGUGGCUGCUGUGCUCAAGCUGGGCAAUAUUGAAUUCAAGCCUGAGUCACGCGUCAAUGGUUUUGAUGAGAGCCGGGUAAAGGACAAAAACGAUCUGAAGGAGAUGUGUGAACUUUUGGGCAUUGAUCAGUCGGUGCUGGAACGAGCCUUCAGUUUUCGCACUGUGGAAGCUAAGAUGGAGAAAGUGUCAACAACACUUAAUGUUGCUCAGGCCUAUUAUGCACGUGAUGCACUUGCCAAAAACUUAUAUAGUCGCAUGUUCAGUUGGUUGGUUAACCGGAUAAACGAAAGCAUCAAGGCUCAGACCAAAUCUCGGAAGAAGGUUAUGGGGGUCCUAGAUAUUUAUGGUUUUGAGAUCUUUGAGGAUGUAGACAACAGCUUUGAGCAGUUCAUCAUCAACUACUGCAAUGAGAAACUUCAGCAGAUCUUUAUCGAGCUCACACUGCGUGAAGAGCAGGAGGAGUAUGUGCGUGAGGGCAUUGAAUGGACCAACAUAGAGUAUUUCAACAAUGCCAUCAUCUGUGACCUAAUUGAAAAUAACCAGAAUGGGAUCCUGGCAAUGCUGGAUGAGGAGUGUCUGCGGCCAGGGACCGUGACAGACGAGACCUUCUUGGACAAGCUGAACACUGUUUGUGCUGAACAUCAGCACUUUGAGAGCCGUCUGAGUAAAAACUCCAAGUUCCUCACAGACCACAGUUUGCCUCAUAGCUGUUUUCGCAUCCAGCACUAUGCUGGAAAGGUUCUAUAUCGGGUAGAGGGAUUUGUGGACAAAAACAACGACCUGUUAUACAGAGACCUGUCCCAGGCCAUGUACAAGGCCAACCACAGCUUGAUGAAACUACUUUUCCCAGAGGGCAACCCUGCUAAAGUCAACCUGAAAAGACCUCCUACAGCUGGAUUCCAAUUUAAAGCCUCAGUCAGCACUCUCAUGAGAAACUUACAAACUAAAAACCCUAACUACAUUAGAUGCAUCAAACCCAAUGACAAGAAGGCAGCCCAAAUCUUCACAGAAUCUCUGGUUUGCCACCAAGUGCGCUACCUGGGCUUGAUGGAGAAUGUGCGUGUUAGACGGGCAGGAUAUGCCUUUCGCCAAGCUUAUGAACCCUGUCUGGAGCGCUACAAGAUGCUCUGCAAGCAGACAUGGCCCAGUUGGAAAGGUCCUGCCAGGGAAGGUGUGGAGGUUCUCCUGAAAAACUUGGAGGUACCCGGAGAAGAGUUCGCCUAUGGGCGUUCCAAGAUCUUUAUCCGGAAUCCCAGAACUCUCUUUUUCCUAGAGGAGAAAAGAAGGCAGUGUCUGGAGGAUUUGGCUACACUUAUCCAGAAGAUCUAUCGUGGCUGGAAGUGCCGCACACAUUUCUUGCUACUGAAGAAGAGCCAGGUGGUUGUGGCUGCAUGGUACCGCAGAUACGCUCAACAGCAGAAAUACCAGAAAAUCAAGAGCUCCUCCAUAGUUGUUCAGUCUUUCAUUAGAGGAUGGAAGGCUCGCAAAAUACUGCGUGAACUGAAAUACCAGAAGAGAUGCAAAGAGGCUGUGACCACUAUUGCAGCGUAUUGGCAUGGAACACAGGCUCGCUGGGAACUGCAGCGUAUGAAGGAGGAGAUUCGGAAUAAACGUGCUGUGUCUGCUAUUUGGGCAGCCUGGUUGGGAUUGAAGGCUCGGAGAGAACUGCAACGCUUAAAGCAUGAGGCUCGGAGUAAACACGCCGUGUCCAUCAUAUGGGCCGGCUGGCAAGGAACUAAGGCACGCAGAGAGCUAAAACGGCUGAAGGAGGAGGCCAGGCGUAAGCAUGCUGUUGCAGUCAUUUGGGCCUACUGGUUGGGACUCAAGGUCCGAAGGGAAUACAGGAAGUUCUUCAGAGCGAAUGCUGGCAAGAAGAUCUAUGACUUUAUCAUCCAGAGGAUUAUGCAGAAGUAUUUUACUGGUUUGAAGAACACAUUGCCUUCCAUGUCGCCAAUUGAUAAGAGCUGGCCAUCACGGUCUUACCUGUUCUUGGAGGGCACACAUGAGGAACUCCGAAAGAUCUUCCAUUUAUGGAGGUGCAAGAAAUACAGAAGCCAGUUCACAGAAGAGAAGAAAGCAAUCUAUGAAGAGAAACUGGAAGCAAGUAAGAUCUUCAAAGACAAGAAGGCUCUGUACCCCAGCAGUGUGGGUGAGCCUUUCAAAGGAGAUUAUCUGGAAGUUAACAAAAACCCUAAGUACCAGAAGCUAAAUAGUGUGGUAGAUGAGAAGGUGCUACUUGCAGAUGUGGUCAAUAAAAUCAACAGAGCCAAUGGCAAGGGCGCUUCCAGAAUCUUUCUCCUCACCAAGAAAAACUUUGUUCUGGCUGAUCAGAAGACGGGUCAGUUAAAGGCCAGUGUACCGCUUCCUGAUCUCGCCAGUGUCUCAGUUAGCACACGAAAUGAUGGCUUCUUUGCUCUUAAACUGAAAGAGGGCACUGCAUCAGCAGCCAAAGGUGACUUCUUGUUGAGCAGUGAUCGAUUAAUAGAAAUCAUCACUAAACUCUAUCGCACAGGGGCUGCUUCAGCCGACAUGCCAGCAAUCAGUGUUGACAUUUCAGAUGAAUUCCUUGUGCAGUUCAAGCAGGAUAAAGUGUGUGUCAAGUUCAUCCAAGGUGGACCCAAGAGUAACAAUCAAGUCGCCUGCAAGCGUAAAAACAACCGGCUGCUGGAGGUGUCGGUUCCAUCCCCAUAAUGACCUGUCAUCUUCACUCCCUCUCAGGGUGCCAUUUUUGUGACUCUUUAUCAUCAAACCUGAACUUAAACACAGUUCCCAAGUGACUGUGCCUUUAUGAUGAUCUUGUCCUUAUGAUGAUGAUCUUUACCCAUAUCUUGUAUUUUUAGAGACUUAAAUCAGUAAAUUGAGACUCAGAUAUUCCACACAGCAGUAUUUGGGUGCACACGGCAGACCUCUUACUGGGAUAGAGAUGGGAGAUGAUUCUUUCCUAUCUUUUUUGAGUGAGAUGCAUUUAAUACCAUGUUUAAAUAAGGCAAUAAUAGUAAUGGUUGUAAUUAUAACGCUAUAGAUGUCUGAUGUUAUGCAGUGUCUGGAUAAUCAUGUACAUGGGUUAGGGUGGCGGGGUGUACAAACAGAUUGCAAGCAAGUUUUUUUAAUUUUCUUCUCAGAUUACUAGGGGGGGGCCAAUGAAAGUUUGCACUUGUUUAGUUUACACAAGGGUAAGAAAAAUAUUUUUGGAUUGAUUUGUCUUUGCUUUAUAUAUAUAUAUAUAUAUAUAUAUAUAUAUAUAUAUAUAUAUAUAUAUAUAUAUAUAUAUAUAUAUAUAUAUAAAAUUCUCACAGUGCACAUUUCUCAAUUUUACCUGAAUUGCCAAAGUUUUGUUAUUUAUCCAGUAAUAUUUUUUUUCUGGAAGACUUUAUUCAUAAUACAUUACACUUAUAAUUGACAAAGCCAAAAUCCAAAUCCUAAAGGCCUUCUGAGUCUUGCAUUUGACCAAAUGUACCUUUUUAAGAUAGAAAAUAGUUUUGUACACAACUUAUUUUUUGAAAUAGUAUAGAUCUUACUCUUGUGCAAAAUUCAGUGCCGACUCGUGUGUCCAUACCUACAAUAAACAGCAAUCCCAUGUUUCAUCUCA